AUGGGUGCGCUGUUUGAAGGAAAACUGGAACGGUUGAUGCAGGCGGUUGAUGCAGUGGCUCCAGUCAUGCAUGAGACCAUGCCAACAGGUCCCCAGGAUGUGGCACAGGCCAUAGAUGUCGAUUCCCUUUCCGAGGCCACUGAGCCAAUCUGCUCGUGCACCAGUGAACUGCCUUCACAGAAGUAUUCUUGCAUGGGCUAUCUGAUCCCCAUUCCUGAGGGCAGAAGUGCGCACUCCGCCUGGCCCUUCGGCCUCCAUGACAAGCUCGGUGAUCCAUGGGACUACACAGUGAGAAGCGGGAGCCUCUUCAUUCAUGCACACACGUGUAAGCAGCAAAUCACUCACCCAAACUCGAGUUGUCGUGCUUGCCGGGAGCUCGAGAAUGACUCCAGCCUUGGUGGAAUUGUUGAAAGAAUAGAAAAUGGGGUCCACGAUAAUGCGCCACUUGCAUACCAGAGCCAUGAAGGCCUGGUGAACAAGGUCCGACGCAAAACACGCCAAAACGAAGCACUGCGGCUACAAGCGCUCAACGACGCACAUAAACUAGCGACUAAAUCACAUACCAUGGCCUUAUUCAAGCAAUUUAUCAUGGCGGUCGGGAGCGGUAAAGUAGAGCGGGUUGACCGUCUUGUGCAAGUGACCAUGGCUCGAGGACACGGAAUUCGAGGUCUGCUGGAGUUGUACGACAAAGCAGCACAAAAGGUUUACCGUCCUCGCAAUUAUACUGAGGAGGACGAGCUGCGGGGCUUGUUAUUUUGGAGACUGGGUGGAGACCGUGUAGCUGGCAUUGCGCACCGUUCACUCCAGCUUCCUUUCCCAAAAACUCUUCGACGACGAACUAUUGUUGCUCCAAUUCGUGUCUCCCCAUCCACCCCAACGACUAUCGAAGUCAAGUCCAAUAUCAAAGCGUGCUUUGAUCCACUGCGAGCGACAAUGGAGGAAAAGCAAGUCGUCUUUCAGGUCCUCAUGUUUGACGAGUUGAAGCUGGAGGAGAGACCACGGUGGGAGGACGCGACAAACAUGAUGCUUGGUGUAUGCCGGGAACAUGGUUGGAAAACGAGCUUGGAGCUGUGCAUGGAGAAGGAGGUUGACCUGCUUUUCGAGGCCAUCAAGGCAGGGGAUGUUCACCUUGCAACGGAGGCAACUGUUGGUGCGAUAGGGGUUCUCAGUGGGGAGGGCCGUCUUUAUGGUGCUCGUCCAGUCCUUGUAUCUGGCUCGUGUAAACGCGAAACCGGGCUGGAACAUGCUCAGCUUAUCCAGCAUGUCAUUGAUGCUAGUCAAGCAACAUCCUUGCGAACGAUCUCAAUUGCAUCGGACGGAGAAUCACGACGUGGAGAAGCAUUGGUCCGCUUAACGUUCAAGCAUGCCUUAAAACCCACAUCACCACUCUAUCCCUUACUCAGCCGGCUGCCAUUUUUCAAUCUUGAAGUCGGAGAUGAUGACAUUACGGCGGAUAAGGAUUACAAGCAUGUGUUUAAACGCUUGCGCAACCUACUGCUUCGAGAGAAAGGUCUUACCGUUCAUGGAGUCCAUAUCAGGCCUUCCGUUAUCAGAAACCAGUUGCAAAGCAACAAGAUCUCGGGCGAGCGUAUCAACCACCUGCUGAACCCCGCAGACAAACAGGAUGUCAAGCUUGCCUUUGAUCUCCUGCGCGAAAUUUGGUCACUUCCUCCUCCUCCUCCCGGUUCAAGCCCCUCGUUUUACGACACUCGAAAGGCCCUGUGUACCCUAGGCCAGGUAUUUCGUCACGUCAUGCUUCCAUACAUAUGUGUCGACUUGUCCCUUUCCGAGCAGCUCACCCACUUGAGCGCGGCAGCACACCUACUUCUCGCCUUGGUAUCCGAAAACGAGGGUGUCACCAAGUUGAUGCCUACCCAGCUCUACAUCGACAUGAUGAUCAUGGUCAAAAAUGUAUACUUUUGUGUUGCCAAAGCCAAAGUAGACGCACCGGAUAGCCAAUUCUGGAUCACCCUUCUCGGAACGGACCGUUUGGAGACCCUUUUUGGGAUUCUUCGAACAAUGAUUGGGAAUGAUGCAAAUGUAGAUGCCUACCAGCUUGGAUCAAGGCUAACAGGGACAGCUGAAGUCUCAACCAUCCUUGCGAAGCACCCUGAAUGGGAUCGAGCACCCCGCCGCCUCAAGCUACCUGUUUUAUCCAAGGACGGCUUUGACAUCCAUUCGGACGUGGAUCAUGUCAAUCCAGCGUCGUGGAGAGGCAAUGUACGGGUUCAGCAAGUCCUUCUGCAAACAUGUUGGAAACUUGGCCGCCAGAUGAUGGAGGACAAUAAUCCGGAUUUGGCGGUUAUGCUUCGUGGGCUUUCUGAACGCUCGGCGGACCUGUUCUUGCCACUUGGCAAUGACUUGAUUUGUGCUAGACGCGACACCGAUGAUGUCGAUGAUACCCUUGAGCGCGCCGUGGUAACUACCCAAACAGCUGCUUCCAUAGCUCCGGAUGUUGAAGAUGCUGCUGUGGAGAAUGAACCGCAGGGGAUGGCACCGGCUUUUUUCGAGAUUGGUGGCAAGCGCGUGUCAAAGGCGAAGUAUUUGACACAGGCCUUCGAUACCUUCCGAAAGCCAGGCUUGCGAGAUCGGCUCAAGCGGGUCGCUGAUGGCCAAAGAUAUGCUGUUUCGACAUCGACCAAUCUGCAGGUUGACGAUAGCCAGACCCAGCCUGUAUUGUCUGAUGAUGUCAUCACGUUCGGCAUUCCUAUCGUUACUCUCAUGCACUGCGACAACCGUUACUUUGUUGGUAUUGGUGAGGUUACCGACAUCACAUUCGAUGGCAAACAUGUUCAAGAACUUCCCGUGAACUUUGCAUCUGAAUCGUCUGCAUUCGUGUCAUUUCAGUUACUUUUCCUGACUCCUACGAUGUCAGAUGAUGAUCCUACCUUGCUUAACGACUGGCGAUGGUCAUCCCAGCGUGGCGCUGAGUACCGAGCUCCAGGCGCCCUGGCACAACCAAUCGAUACCGAGUUAACGGAGCCGUCCGACGGAGUACCGCUGUACCUCUUUGAUAGCAAGACUUUGAUCGGGAUGGGGAUGCAGCUAUUCGCGAUUCUCGCCAGCCGCAGAGACCUACGAACGACAGUGCCAACUGUGCCCGUUUCUAGCGAGUUUCCAUAUAGAGAGCGCACAGGGAAAGCUUGCUUUCUAUGUGAAAAUAUCGGUGAGAUGGGGCACGAGGAUAGCAACGAGAGGAAAUGCACAUACUGCAGUCCCUCCGUCAAGUUACCAGACUCAGCGCCAAGGAUAUUGGAGCAUAACGCCGCACACAUCCAUUUCGACCCAAAGAUCAACGCGUCAGCGCAGCCUUGCGGACUCUGCCUAAGGCUGCAUGUCUGUGUCUUCUACCUUCGGAAAGGCAAGGGCGCCGGUGCUUCUCCCACAGUCGAUCACGACAAAUCGAGCUGCACGAACCUAAUGCCUUUCCGCUAUUCCAAAGCAGUGAAGUCUGAUGCCACGGCGCCAUGCUCCAAUGUACCCCUCCACUGCCCAAAAUGCCCCACCAACGCCCCAGCGAUCUGGCGUUACAACCUACUGUUCCACCUCCGGGAGAAGCAUCCAGCAGUUGUCCUGGAGCCACUCAGAUCACUAUGGUUUGUCUCUGAGACGGAGAAAGAGCUUUUAUACGGAAUAUGGAAAAAUCGGAACAAGCAACGGAAGUCGCGACGCCGCGCGAAACCGCCAAUGAUACUGACUGUCUCUGAUGCGCAUACCACAAGACAAGCAUUGAGUCCGGGUUGUGGAACAACGAUGGAGGGUCAAAAGUGGGGUGAUGACAAAAUGGUGGACUCGGAGGCAGAUGAGGAAGAGGAAGAACAUGGCGAGUGGUUUGACACGGAGAUUGUGGACUCGGGAAAUGACGAUGAUGAUGACGACUCUGAAAACGCUAGUGAAACAGAAGUAAAUUGUGGUCAGCGACCUGAUCCUGAAGCAUACGGCCAAGCGGACUCACCAAACGCCCUGGAUGCACCCCAACAGCCAUCGGACCUGGCACAAUUGCAUAACAGCACCCCAGCGCAGUCCUGCGACGACUCUGAAGACUCCAUGAUGACUUCGCAGGCCAGUCUGGCACCACCCCUGGACACUUCAAAGCCAACCGAAAUUCUGGGUCGGGGUGCACGCAAGAGAAAGCGGAAUGAUCUUCGAGCUCUCCUGGAAUGGUGUACAUGUGGUGAGGUGGUCGAAGAGGAUGAGCGCCGCUCGAAGAGCGCGAUUGAAUGCAAGAAAGCAGGCUGUGAAACGAAAUGGUACCAUCUAGACUGUGUCGGUUUGGACUAUGUCAUCCCAAGAUGGAUAUGUCCAGCUUGUACCGACAACCCGGGCCAGUGA